CAUAACUAUUAGUUUGCCCAUUUUUAUUGAAUUAAAUGUAAAUUGUGAGAAAUCAUGGAUGCUGACAAUUUUUCAUAUGAAAAUAAGGACUCUCAUGCUAUUGUAAAUAUGAAUUUGGCUGAAUUAAAUUCAAUGCCUCUAGCAUUGGAAAAUGAACCAGUGGAUAAUAAAAAAGGAAAAUAUCAUCAAAACCUGAACAACGUGACUGAAGAUGCUGUUAAUGCAUCUGAUCUUCAGGAAUCAGAAAUUAACCAACUGCUGCCUCACUCCAGUUUAUUGGAGCAUCACUCCAAGGACUUGCCUGAGUCUGGAGAAGAUGCUGAAUGUUCUGUGGAUGAUGCUCUAGAUGAAAGCUGCAUGGGCCUUGAAGGAACCUUGGAACGAGGCUUCUCUCUGCAGGAACCUAGUCCAAAUGAAAAUGAGAGGCCAGUGCUUUAUGAGAAAACCAAAAUGAGUUACUCACACGAGCCUCGCAUCUUCCAACGGUACAAACCCACACUCAAGCAUCUCAUACCCGUCAGGACAGACACAUGUGCAAGCCACGAGAUGCCCGUAGAUGCAACAGGCAUGCUGAGCUACACGAUGUACUCGUGGGUGACGUCACUGAUGUGGCGCGCCUACAAGCGUGGCCUGCAGAGCAGCGAUGUGCCCAUCUGCUCCAAAUACGACAUGUGUCACUACAACACGACGGGCGUGCGUCUGAGGGCGGCGUGUCUGGGGCUCGUGUACCGCAAGCUCCUCCGCAUCCCCGGCCUCGGCAGCAAGAGCGUGGGCGAG